GAGAUGCGUGGCUGUUAUGCAGAUAGUUUUGAAUUCUGCAGUACAACUUUUGCUAAUAUGAUUCUGUUGGAUAGUGUGUUCAUAAUUGAGCUUUUCAUGAGACAUCAUAAAGGUUCUGAGAAUCUUAAAGAUUUUAUUUUAGGUAAACCAUGGCUGAGUACUGAUGUUCAACAAGAUUUACUUUUGCUUGAAAAUCAGCUACCUUUCUCAAUUCUUGAACAUCUUUAUAACUUUGCAAGACCAAAUUUCGCUUACGAUAGCCCUUCUUUUCUCGAGCUUACCUGCAAUUAUUUCUCCAAUUUCAAACCGAAGAUUAAUGCAAAAAUCUCAAAUCCUGAGAAAAUACUACAUUUCACCGAUCUGGUGAGACAAUUUUGGAUAUUCAAUCCCCCUCUGAUGGGAAAUGGAACCAUUGGAAGUGUUUAUAGCAUAACCAAACUGCACCAGGCAGGACUAAAGCUGAAGCCCGCGGAAAACAAAUGCUUUCUUGAAAUUAGUUUCGAACGGGGAGUGCCCUGUGUUCCGAGAGCAGAAUGUUGUAAAAUGGAAAGCUUCUUUCUUGAAAUUAGUUUCGAACGGGGAGUGCCCUGUGUUCCGAGAGCAGAGCUACAGAUUCCUCGCUUUGAAGUUGAUGAUACUACUGAAUUCGUUGUUCGAAAUCUAAUGGCUCUUGAACAAUGUCAUUAUCCGUUCGACACUUACAUUUGCAAUUGCAUUCGCCUGUGGGAUCUUCUUAUCGACACUGCUGAAGAUGUGGAGCUGCUUGUUGAGAAGAAGAUACUUGUUAACGGACUAGGCGAUGGGGCUGCUGUCGCAAAUUUGGUUAACAAACUGUGCAAUCAAAUUGCAGAAGUCCGGUCUUGUUACUCUACUCUCUCCGAAGAUUUGAACGCCUACUACGAAAACUGUGGCAAUCAUACCAUGGCGAUUUUAAGAAGUGUAUAUUUCGGGGAUCUUUGGAGAGGAACCGGAACCAUUGCUGCCGUUGUUCUCCUUAUUCUCACUGCUAUACAGGCCAUAUGCUUUGUCCUGCAACUCUAGCUAGGAUCAACCUUUUCUACUAUCAACUCAUUAUUUUUUCAGUAUACCAACUCCGAUUGCUGUUUGCUAA